GGUUUCUCUGUCGACAAUUACCAUGAUCCCUGUCUUCAUCCCAGCUUUGAAUCCACCGGGCUAUUGAAUAGGCAAAUAAAACCGGCUGGUUGAGGAAGAUGAAACAAAGUAUCUGCCUGAAUUUCUAAUUUCAUUAGAGGGAAGAGAAGAGACACGUAGACAUCAAGAGGAGGGGAUGAAUGUUUAUGCUCACCCCCCUGCCAUGAGUGAAUUUGCAGGAGGAUCAGCUGAGAGCGAGCCCCAGCCUCGCUGCACGGUCCUUCACCUGCAAUGCAGUGCUGGGCAGCUGCAGCUGGGUGCUGGAGGCAAAUCCCUCUGCUCCUUCACUCUUGCACAAAGCUUUGCUGCAUUUGAGGAGAGCCAGCCCCCGUGCCUGCUGCUGAUGUCCCCCUCCUUCCCCAGCACUGUGGUGCCUGACUUUUGAUGGCUUUUUCGAAAACUAUUGGGCUGUCUUCAGGAAUAUCUUUAUCCAUGGGAGGCCGUGCUUCUUGCAGACCCGACACCCAGCACCGCAGCCUCGCUGCUCAGUCCGAGAGUGAUCUUCCAGAGCAAGAGGAGGAAAUCCUGGGAUCAGAUGAUGAUGAGCAAGAGGAUCCAAAUGAUUACUGUAAAGGGGGUUACCACCUUGUGAAAAUAGGAGAUCUCUUCAAUGGACGCUACCACGUGAUUCGGAAGCUUGGAUGGGGUCACUUCUCCACCGUGUGGCUGGCCUGGGACAUCCAAGGGAGGAGAUUUGUGGCAAUGAAGGUGGUGAAGAGUGCAGAGCACUACACAGAAACAGCACUGGAUGAAAUCAAAUUGCUGAAAUCGGUCCGCAGCAGUGACCCAAAUGAUCCAAGCAAGGAGAGAGUUGUUCAGUUAUUAGAUGACUUCAAGAUUUCAGGAGUGAAUGGUUCCCAUAUCUGUAUGGUGUUUGAAGUUCUAGGGCAUCAUCUCCUGAAGUGGAUCAUCAAGUCAAAUUAUCAGGGUCUUCCUCUCCCUUGUGUCAAAAAAAUCAUCAAACAGGUUCUUCAGGGUCUGGAUUACCUGCAUACCAAGUGUAGAAUCAUCCACACAGAUAUAAAGCCUGAGAACAUCCUGCUGUGUGUGAAUGACCAGUACAUCCGCAGGCUGGCUGCAGAGGCAACAGAGUGGCAGAGAUCUGGGGCUCCCCCACCAUCUGGCUCUGCAGUGAGCACUGCACCACAGCCUAAACCAGCUGACAAAAUGUCAAAGAAUAAGAAAAAGAAGUUGAAAAAGAAGCAGAAAAGACAAGCUGAGUUGUUGGAGAAGCGAAUGCAAGAGAUAGAGGAAAUGGAGAAGGAAGCAAACCCUGAGCAGACACAGCCUGAAGAGGAGGAGGAAGCUCAGACUCCUGUGGAAAUGCUCAUAAAAGUCAGCCCAUCAGAGGAAAGCAUCAACAAAAAGCCAGCAGAAACCCUUGGACAGGAGGGAUCCAAUCUCAUGGAGAGCACCGUGGAAAAAGAGGCUGCAGAAAUCAACUGCAACGGGGUGAUCGCCAUGACAGAGCUGACAGACUCUGGGAACGAGGGCUCCGUGCGCCUCGAGGACGACCUGCACAACGCCAAUGCCCCUGCCAACGCCCCUGCCAAUGCCCCUGGCACCCAGCACCCUGACAACUUGCACAGCUCCAAUUACGCCCAGCACAACAAUGACUCAGAGCUCGGGCCCCAGGAAGCAGUGUUGGACUUGUUUGUGCCCUUGGCUCCAGAGGAUUCCAUGGUGUGCCAGCCCGUGCCCAGCCAGGAGCAGGCACUGAGCGAGCAGGGCAUCAACAAUUUUCAUCAGGAAAGCAUCAGGACAGAGAUCCCUUCAGAGGAUGAGAAUGAGACUAACAGCCCCACAGACAACAAAGGAAAAUCAGCUGCUGGGAAUUUCCUUCUUAAUCCCCUUGAGCCCAAGAAUGCAGAUAAGCUCAAAGUGAAGAUAGCUGACCUAGGAAAUGCCUGCUGGGUGCACAAGCAUUUCACUGAGGACAUCCAGACCAGGCAGUACAGGUCGCUGGAGGUGCUGAUAGGGUCGGGGUACAACACCCCUGCAGACAUCUGGAGCACAGCCUGCAUGGCCUUUGAGUUGGCAACAGGGGACUAUCUGUUCGAGCCUCACUCUGGGGAAGAUUACUCACGAGAUGAAGAUCACAUUGCAUUGAUCAUAGAACUUCUGGGGAAAAUACCUCGCAAGCUCAUUUUGGCAGGAAAAUAUUCCAAGGAGUUUUUCACCAAAAAAGGUGAUCUGAAGCACAUCACCAAACUGAAGCCCUGGGGCCUUUUUGAAGUGCUGGUGGAAAAAUACGAUUGGGCCCAAGAUGAGGCAGCUGGAUUCACAGACUUCUUACUCCCUAUGCUGGAGCUGAUCCCAGAGAAACGAGCUACAGCAGCAGAAUGUCUCAGGCACCCCUGGCUUAACUCCUAGAAGCUUCCAAGCAAUGCCACAACGUUAAACUCUGGUUUACAGCAUAGCCUACACACCCAGCUGCCCUUUCCCAGAUCCAUUUUUCUCCUUGUUCACUUUCAGUGUGGAGUUCUUCCUUCAAGGCUUCCAAGAUUUUAGAUAAAUCUAAACCUGUUCUGCUGA